AUUCAGAGGCGCGGGGCCGGGCCUGGCGGACGCUUGUUGUUGUCCGGCCGGGGGAGGCGGAGGUCGCUGGCUCGCUCGCUCGCUCGCUGACUUGCCAGGGUGCUCUGUGUCGGUCGGCGGCAGGUCGGUCGCGAGAGCGGGCUCUGUGCAGGGGGGCGAGGCUAUGUCGCGGUGGCAGCCCGGAUGGGCCGUCAGGGCCGGGAGUAACGGGACGUCGCCGCGGAGCUUCUUCCCCCGGAUACAGUGCGGCCCGAGCGGAGGCCGCGGCGCCGCCCUCCGAUCCUGAGAAGCCCACGCUGCCCGGAGCCCGCCCCUGCCUGCGCACCGGCACCGACGCAGAGCGACCUAGCCAAGCCAGGCCCGGCCUGGCGCGGCCCGAUCCGACCCAGCCAGGCAGGCAGCACUAGCCCUCCUGGAGCAGGAAGCUCCCUCCCAAGGACAUGAAGCUGUUGGAGAACUCGAGCUUUGAAGCCAUCAACUCACAGCUGACUGUGGAGACCGGAGAUGCCCACAUUAUCGGCAGGAUUGAGAGCUACUCAUGUAAGAUGGCAGGAGAUGACAAACACAUGUUCAAGCAGUUCUGCCAGGAGGGCCAGCCCCACGUGCUGGAGGCACUCUCUCCACCCCAGACCUCAGGCCUCAGUCCCAGCAGACUCAGCAAAAGCCAAGGUGGAGAAGACGAGGGCCCCCUCAGUGACAAGUGCAGCCGCAAGACCCUCUUCUACCUGAUUGCCACACUCAAUGAGUCCUUCAGGCCCGACUAUGACUUCAGCACAGCCCGCAGCCAUGAAUUCAGCCGGGAGCCCAGCCUUAGCUGGGUGGUGAAUGCAGUCAACUGCAGUCUGUUCUCAGCUGUGCGGGAGGACUUCAAGGCCCUGAAACCACAGCUGUGGAACGCGGUGGACGAGGAGAUCUGCCUGGCUGAAUGUGACAUCUACAGCUAUAACCCAGACCUGGACUCAGACCCCUUCGGGGAGGAUGGCAGCCUCUGGUCCUUCAACUACUUCUUCUACAACAAGCGGCUCAAGCGAAUUGUCUUCUUUAGCUGCCGCUCCAUCAGUGGCUCCACCUACACGUCCUCAGAGGCAGGCAAUGAGCUGGACAUGGAGCUGGGGGAGGAGGAGGUGGAGGACGAAAGCAGAAGUGGAGGCAGUGGGGGUGGGGCCGAGGAGACAAGCACCAUGGAGGAGGACAGGGUCCCAGUGAUCUGUAUGUGAUGAGGAGGAGCAGAGGCCCCAGCUUCUUCCAGCUUCAACCAAUGCCUGGACCUGUCUGCCUGAGAGGCCCCUGGGGCCUCCCCAGCUGCUGGCCAAACCCUGGCACUGCCACAGUCCUGGCACUGCCCAAGGCCACACCUGCCUAGCCCUUUGGCUCCAGCCUGUGGAUGCCCACUCACCCCCCAGGCUCCCGCUGCCCAUGCUGUGGCCAGACUCUGCAGCAGGGGACCUGGUGGGAAGAGCAACUGCCCUGCCCAGAUGAACUGCCACAAGCAGGGACAGCUGGACCACAGAGUUUAUUUUUGUAUUUCUUCUGGGCCUACACACUCCAGCCCAAAGGGCCUGUGGCCAGAGGCCCCGCAAGCAGGCCCCAGUGGUCACCGGCUCUGGUCUUGGGCCGGCCCCUGGUGCCCACCUGUACCCCCCACCUUGCCCAUUUGGCCACGUGCACUGAGUGUCACUUUGCUGCAGCUCGUUCCUUUACAAUAAAAGUUUCUGUGACUUAG